AUGGUUUGGAAGAACUCGGAGCUCAACCCAACCGAAUAUGUGGUGAACCUUGGCGCCGCCGAAGUUUCCGAAGUUCGAUCUGCUGUUAUCUCGAUCAAAUUGCAGAACCUUCAAUCCGAACAAAUUAGCAAGAAGAAUUUCCCUCUGAGCGAAAAUCUCUCCAGGAGGUUGGCUGCCGUCAGCAAAGAAGUCCAUGAUGGCUUAGGCGUUGCUGUUAUUCGCGGUCUGCAUGCGGCUAGGUUCAAUGAUGAGGAGGCUGUCAUUGCCUUUGUCGGUAUCUGUGCCCAUACCUGCCCUCUGCGUGCCACAGACUCGUAUGCGAACCAGACGUUAAGCCACGUCCUCGAUGCAACUUUUCGCAAGGUCCCGCAUUGGGCUAAGGAUAUCGGUCUGGCCGGCUCAAAAAUCACGACCAAGAUGGAUUUCCAUAGCGACCGAUUCUCCGGUGACGUUCUCGCCAUGCACGUGCGGGAUGACGGUGGCGCUGGCAACGGUGGCGAGCAACAUGUCGCUUCUUUCUGGAGCAUCUACAACGAGCUCCUAGAAAAGGAUCCGGCUGUGCUUGAGACCAUGGCGGAGGCUCAGUGGCCAUUUGAGCUGAAGCAAAAAGACGCAGCUUCUUACUUGGAGCUCGGUCCCACCCUGUUCUUCUCGAAGGGAAAGCCCAUGUGUCAACUCGUCAAGGCGCCGCUUCUAGGUGGUCCUUACAUCCCUCGCGAUCCGGGGAUGCCGGACCUUUCUAAGGAGCAAAUGCACGCUAUUCACGCGGUGGAAGAAGCGGCCCGGAAGGUCUGCGCCCAGCUUGAUCGCCAGCAAGGCGACAUUCAGCUCAUUAACAAUCUGAGUGUUAUGCACGCUCGUGCAGCUUAUGGCAAGAGGGAAGGGCCUAGCACGCGUCAUCUUCUGCGAAUGUUCCUUCGAGAUCCUGAAAACGCAUGGGAUAAGCCUAAAUCUUGGAAGCGCAACUUCGACGAUCCUUUCACGCCUGACCGUCGUCAGGAGAUUCCCGUUCACGACUUUGACCCCUGGCGCAAGAUCAGCGGUCGUGAGAGCCACGGCUAA